UUGGCUUAUUGUAAAAAUAAAAAACAUCUGACGAGCGACCCCAGCUGUCAAACCUAAUUUACACGAAUUAUUUCUGAUUUCGUUCUGGCAGGAAUCACUGAGCGCACUAAUUGGUUUUGGAAAUUAAGAGAAAUUCAACGCAGUCAAUUAAGCGGCUCGCAGAUGCCGUGGCGAAGAUGAGACGUAGGCUCUUCUCGAUUCCCUGAUAGAAACGUGAGACGUGGAUGCAAGUGGUGCGAGUGCGGAAGAACACAAUGCUGGAGGUGGACAAAAUACUGGAGAAAUGCGGCGACUUCAGCCGUCUGCAGAUGCUGCUCUUCUGUCUGAUCAACGUGCUGUCGGCCCUUCACUACUACUCCCAGACGAUCAUCAGCUUCGUACCCAAAUACUGGUGUGCAGACGGUUUGCCCGCCAGCUUUGAGCCGCCGGCUGAGUCAAGUUGCCUGCCUCUGAACAGGAAUUCCACUAGUUCAAAUACCUGCUACAGCUAUGACUACGAGCUUUACAUGGGCUACCAGAGCUUUCCCAGCGAAAUGGACUGGGUGUGCGAAGAUGCCUGGAAACUCACUCUUGGCCAGUCCAUGUUCUUUGUGGGCUCUGUGGUCGGUUCCAUGGUGCUGGGCUACCUGGCGGACCUGGUUGGACGUCUUCCCAUUCUGAUUGUAGCCAAUUUGAUUGCCAUGACCGGCAAUCUACUGACCAUCUGGAGCACCAAUGUCACGCUCUUCUGUAUUUUUCGCAUGAUCUCGGGCAUUGCGACGGACAGCAACUUUGUGAUGAUGUAUAUUUUGGUUAUGGAGUACAUGCGUCCCUCAGUGCGAACCCUUGGCCUGAGCAUCUGCAUUGGUUUGUUCUACUGUUUGGGCUCCAUGGCCGCCCCUUGGAUCGCCGUGCUCAUGCGCAGCUGGCAUGGAUUCCUGCUGGUCACCUCCCUGCCCCUGCUAGUGGUUCCAUUCUUCUACUUUAUUGUACCGGAAAGCAUACAGUGGCUGAUCUCGAAGCAAAAGUACGACAGGGCCGUUGUCUGCCUGAAGCGGGUGGCCAAGAUUAAUGGACGGCAGGUGGAGGAGAGCGCCUACGAGGAGUUCGUCGAGGAGUGCAAGUUCAGCCAGCAGAACCAGAAGGCCUCGCCCCAUCUGUUUGACCUGUUCAAGACGCCCCGCCUGCGCCGCAACACGCUCAUCCUCUUCUUCAAAUCCAUGGUCAUCACCCUGUGCUACGAUGCCGUAUCGCGAAAUGUUCAGGGCCUUGGCAUUUCGCCAUUUCUGAUGUUCUCGCUGAGCGCCACCGCAAUUCUGCCCGCCUGUCUACUGAUCAUCGCCCUGCAAGAUCGCAUCGGCCGCAAGGCGAUGGCCUCCGCCUCUCUGCUGCUGAGUGGCAUUUUCAUCUCGGUUACCGGGGGCAUCAUCUUCGCCGCCUCGGCAUCGGAUAAGACCACCACUUUGCUGGUUAGCCUCUCCGUCGUGGGCCGCUUUGGAGUGACAGUGGCCUAUAAUUCGGGAGCCCAGUAUGCCACCGAGUUGAUCCCCACCUGCGUUCGAGGCCAGGGAGUGGCUGCAGUCCAUGUGGCCGGCUAUGCCUUCACCUUCUUCAGCGCCUACAUCCUGUACACGAGGUGCAUCUUCUCGCCGCUUCCCGAAAUUAUCCUGGGCGUUCUGUCCCUGCUGGGGGCGUGUCUCUGCCUCCUGCUGCCCGAAACCCUUCAUCGCACUCUGCCCACUUCGCUGGAGGAUGGGGAGAAUUUCGGGAAGAACGAUCGUUGGUACACCUUCAGUUUUCUGGAGAAACGCACCCAAUCAGCCGCCACUCUGGAUACCCAAAACGUCAAGAUGUACUCGCAUUCAACGGAAUCGAACGUCUACUUUUAGGUCACUACUGAAAAUAUGUUUUAUCACCGCAGUUGAAGUUUUCUGUGUAGCCCACCAAAUUGUUUGUGUAUAUUAAACUAGCAACGGUAUCAAAGACUUAGAAUACAUUUGUAGAAUAAGAUUACCAAAUGUGUACGAAAGAUAAGUGAGCAAU